AGCAUAUGUGUACAUACAUAUACAGUAGAACAUGAAUCGAAUUUUUCGACCAGGAUAUAAUACAAAAUCUAAAAUUUCAUUAUCGAGGCAGCAUUUUAAAAAAGUCUAUCUAUAUCAUAUGGAGGGGAACAAAAAAUUUGAUAUAACACUUAUGGAUUGCAUAAACCAUGUAACAAAGACAUGGGAUACAGACGUCAAGAGUAAAUAAAUAAGACUAUGUAUAAAUAUACAUUUUACAGCUUCUAGAAAAAUUGUAUAUUUUAAUGAAAAUUAUAUAACUUGAAGUUUUGUGGAUUAUGGUGAUACGAGUUAGAGAAGUUCCACUGUAUAUGUACAUGUCUUAUCAUGUAUCUUUUAUACAUUUCAUAAAGGUAAAAUUGCAUAGCGAAAUAGUUUUAAAAAUAAAUAUAAGAGAAAAGUAAAUUUAGAUUUUCUCACGAGAGGCACAAUGUAGCGAAUUCGAUUUAUUUACGAUAUACAUUGUACAUAGAUGUGUGUAUUAGAUAUUUUCAAUGCCUUAGUAUUUCUCAGUAUUCACAAAAACGUUAUUUAAUAUACUAGUGGUUACUGCUUGUGCUUAUGGUUUUUAAUUACUAAAUAAUAAAAUGAAUGAUAUCGAAGCAUUUGGAUCACCAUUGGAAACAUGCGAAAAAGUGGCAGACGUAUAUAAAAGUGCGUCUAUAACAAGAGAUUUCAGUUUGGAAAACGAAGACUCGGAAAAUAUUCCAUAUCAUGCCAGAGAAACUGCACAGCCUUUCACAUAUGGCGGUUUAACUGAGGGAUUUUCACGGAGUCAACUUAAUCACGUUGAGUGCAUUUUUGAUGAACCAGAAGUUGAAAAUUUUAAACAAUCUUUUUCAAAGGGAGACGCCAAUUUGAACAAUUUGGAAGCGACAACAAAUAUUCAAGUUAUACCAUUGGUAAAAGAUAAAAAAAAAAAAUCCAACAAAGGAAAGUUUCAACAAACCGAUGACUAUGUAAUUAAUAAAAUAAAGCAGAAAGAUAAACAUGCGCUUCUCACAAAGAAACUAAGAAAUGAUCAAUGUGAAAAUUAUACUCGUAAUAUAUCGAAAAACAUAAAUAAUAAAAUAAUUUUGGGAGGAAACGAAAUAACCGACGAACGUGAAGUAAUGAAUAUUUUGGAUAAUAAUUUGAAUGGUAAUACAGGCAAUUCAACAGUUCAACCUCUCCCAGCAUCAAACGAACUACAAAGGUGUGAAACACCUAGCUUCCCCUUUGAAGAAACUAUAAACUUCUCACAUCGUUCGUCUAGUCCUUAUCCAACGUUGAAUCCACAAAAUUGUAGCCCAAGCGUAAAAAAUAAAAAUGAAAGGGAAAUAAUAAAGAAAAAUAAUACAAAAGCUCAACCGAUUGAUAAAAAUUUUGUUAAAUUUGCUAAAGAUACAUCAAAAUUAUGGUAUAAACCUCAUAUUACAAGAGAAGAAGCAUUAAUAAUUCUGCGUAAUGCUACGCCUGGAUCAUUCAUCAUACGUGAUUCCACCACAUAUAAAAAUUCUUUCGGACUAGUGCUUCGUGUUUCAAGGCCUCCAGUGAAUUAUGUAGCUACAAAUAGUAAUGGUGAGUUAGUGCGUCAUUAUUUAUUAGAACCAACUGAUUGCGGCGUGCGCUUGAAGGGUUAUCAUAAUGAACCGGCUUUCACGUCUCUCUCAGCUUUCGUUUAUCAACAUUCCGUCGAUGAAUUAGCAUUACCAUGUAAAUUAAUUAUUCCAAACACGGAUUUGUCUUUAUCAUCUGGGCAAGCUGAUUUAGUUAUAGCUCAAGAACAAUUGUUAGCACAGGGAGCAGCUUGUAACGUUCUUUAUUUAUUUAGUUAUAACACUGAAUCUCUUACUGGAGAUGAAGCUAUACGCAAAGCAUCAAAAGAAAUAUUCAUCCAAUUUAAUAAUAUAAAACCCAUUGAGGUACAUUUUAAAGUGUCUAAAUAUGGAGUUACGUUAACGGAUAAUAAACGCUUAUUAUUUUUCCGUCGCCACUACUCUGCGCAAAAUAUUUCUUAUUUCGGUAUUGAGCCAGAUAACAGACUGUGGAAGAUUUCGAAUAAGGAUGAUGGCAACGAAGAAGUGCUAAAAACUAUUUUUGCUUUUGUAGCACGUCCAUUGGCUGGCGGUAAUGACAAUCAAUGUCAUAUUUUCUGCGAUCUUUCUGUAAAACAGCCAGCUUCAGCAAUCAUUUCAUUCACGCAGAAGGUCUUACCACAGGCUGUAAUUGGUAAAAAAAUAAUAUAGAUAGUAAAUAAAUGCAUUUUAUAAUUCGAAUAUGUAAUUUAUUUAUAUUUAUAUGGCAAUAUACAUAAUUAAUAAUACAUAAUACAUUGUAAAAAUAUAUUUAUUAAAAUAAACGUAAAAAAUCUUGUUCAAACUAUAAAUAAUAUAAAAUAAAAAUUAAAUAGACAAGUAAUAUUAUUAAUUAUAUUUAAUUUUAAAUUCAAAUAAAAAACGAAUAUACAUAUGUAUGUAUAUCCGAUGUUUUUCUCAUUAAUUUAAUUUUUAUAACCGACAUGUUGCAUUGUUUAGUGUUGUUUACCUAAUGGUUGUUUGUAACUAAAACUAAUCGAGAUAGAUAUUGUAACGGAUUUCCAAAAUCUGUCGUUAACUCUAAAACUCUACCCUCAGUUCGAUCACUGGAUUGUCUAAUAAAAGUCACACUUUAAUGGCUAUACACUAAACUUUAUUUCUAAUU